ACCAAUCCCAACUCCAUCAGAGAUUCAGAAUACAAACCGCUUCACGUCGUUUCUUUCAUUCCAAUUCGAUUCCCUUCUCACCCUCUAAAAAUCCAGUCUCCCUCUCUUCAUCCCCAUUCAUUCUAAAAUCCAGACCCCUCUCUCUCUCUCUCUCUCUCUCUCUCUCAAUGAAGGGCCAUGGGCUUGACUGUCUGAGUCCUGAAACUAAAAUCUCAGCCGUCAUUUUCGAUUUGGAUGGGACCCUUUUGGACACAGAGAAAGCUGCAGAGUAUGUUUUGGAGGAAUUCCUAGCAAAAUAUGGGAAAGAGCUGGAUAGUGGGAAGGAAGAUAAAAGGUCGGGAAUGGGGCAGAACAAAUCCGUGGCGACUAUCCUCGAGGACUACGAUCUCCCAGUGACAGCCAGUGAGUUUGUAAAGGAGGUCAUGCCUUUGUAUAUGGCCAGGUGUUCAAGUGCGAAAGCACUUCCAGGUGCUAAUCGCCUUAUCAGUCAUCUCCACAAGCAUAAAAUUCCAUUUGCACUUGCUUCAAACUCCAAAAGGGAGGGUAUAGGGGGGAAAAUCUCACACCAGAAAGGUUGGACAGAAUUAUUUUCUGUGAUUCUUGGAAGCGACCAAGUUGAAUCUGGAAAGCCCUCCCCUGACUUAUUUCUAGAGGCUGCAAAGAGAAUGGGUGCAGAUGUGGCACACUGUCUGGUGAUUGAAGACUCUUUGGUUGGUGUUAGAGCUGCCAAGAAUGCUGGAAUGAAGGUAGUGGCAGUCCCAUCAAGUGUACGACAAGCUGACCGUUAUUCCAUUGCGGAUUGCGUGCUUCAUUCGCUUUUAGAGUUUCAGCCAGAGUUGUGGGGUUUUCCAGCAUUUGAAGAUUGGGUGCAAAAUGCAUUGCCAAUUGAACCCUUGUACAUAAAAUGUCUACUUAGCGGAAUCACCCAUGACAGCUCUGUGCCCCUGAGUAUAAUUCCAGGCAAGUAGGACUCUUUUCUUAACUUUAACAGAGGAUUCUACACCCAAUGGCAUUGAUUGGCAUCGGCAUAUUAGUUUGAAAACUGCAAAAGAUUUCGGUAGUGUUUGGAUGUGCUGCUGAGUCAUGGUUGGUGUACUUCCAAAGUGUGCCGACUGCUUAGUACCCUUUGUGUUUGGGUUGUGAAAAACAGAAACUGCUUCAAGCGGGCUUCUGUUUUCUUGAUUUUUCCUCUGCAAAUCAUGAUUACAACUAGGACGUGAAAUCCCCUUACCUCAAUCCCAUUUUGCAGUAGAGAAUCCUGUCCCAUCUCGGGAACUGAGUGCACCCAAAUGGACUCCUAGACAUGUUUUGCACAAAGCUUUUUCAUCUGUGUAUUCUUUUGCCUGUAAACUACAGACCGAGCAUCGGCCAAAUCUCUUCCUGAUCAAGUUUCGGGAGUUUACUUUGGUUGGGCGAUACUCAGCACGCAUGGGAUCUUCAAGGCGGUGAUGAGCAUUGGAUGGGACCUGCAUACCGGUAUUGCUAACAGAGUAAUUCAAACAUCUCUUGUUGGAGAAUUCGCCAAGGAUACAUCUGGUGAGCAGCUGGAAUUCUGGAUUGUUGGCUACAUCCGGCAACUGCGAUGCGAGGCAAAUGUGUCGGCAGCUUUAGAAAUAUUUCCAGAAGACAAGAGCAAUGCAGAGGCAGCUCUGGAUCUUCCUAUGUUCAGCUAUCAGUUGGUGAAAGAUUCUAUGCAGGACCAAUAAGCAUUUUCUUUUUUCUUCUUUCCCAAUACAUGAAAGAUGUAGCAAAUGAAGACCAUGUUUGUCUCCCUGCUAUUUCAGGAGUGGAGAGACAUAAUUCUCUAUUGUGACGUGUGAUAGAUAAUGGGAAGUAAAUGGUCUCACAGGGAAGGGUAGAUGGUGAAUCAGAGCUAUCCAUUUAGUGGGCUCUGCCUUAGUUGGAGCAUGAUUCAAAAACCGAACUUAUACAAUAAUCCUAUCCUUGGGCCCA